ACAUAGUAAGUCAUGGUCAGACCCAUGGACAACCUAUUUCCACAAGAAAAUAUGGUCAGAAUAACCUGCAGUAUGCUAUUUUGAUAGUGUGAAAAGACGUAGAAGGAAACCAAUGGAAAGAAUUGAGAUGGCUUGCCAGUUGGAUGGAGAAAGGGAGAAAGCCUGAAGAAGUGAGACAGCAGAAAAGGGCAAGACAAACAGGAAGCAGAGGAGGGGGGAGUGAAGGACUGACUGUGCAAGUCAAAGAAUUUUCUUAGAAGGAUUUUAAGCAAGAGAGCCGCUUCUCCUGGUUUCCAUCUGCUGCCUUUUAUGGUAAAACAGUAGAGGGGGAUUUGGUGUAGUAGUAAAGCCCGGGCCGGACGAGGGCUCAGUUAGACAAACUCACAACGGGAUAGCAGGGGGCUGAGGAACAGGGAGAGAGCGUGUGCGGGACACUGGGGACCCCUGAGGCGGUGGCACGGAGUGAGGCGGCGCUCAGCAUCACAGGGCUCAUGGGAACAAUACGCAGAGAGGCUUAAUAGGUCCAGGACUCAGACAGCCGCGACUGAAAGGCAGAAGAGAAGAUGACAGAGCGUUAUGACUGCCACUACUGCAAGGAGUCUCUGUUUGGGAAGAAGUAUGUUCUUCGUGAGGAAAACCCUUACUGUGUGAAGUGCUAUGAGAGCCUGUACUCCAACACCUGCGAGGAGUGCAAGAAACCCAUCGGCUGCAACAGCAGGGAUCUGUCCUACAAGGACCGUCACUGGCACGAGGACUGUUUCCACUGCUUCCAGUGCAAGCGCUCACUGGUGGACAAGCCUUUCUCUACCAAAGAUGAGCAGCUGCUGUGCACCGAGUGCUAUUCUAAUGAGUACUCCUCCAAAUGCCAUGAGUGCAAGAAGACCAUCAUGCCUGGCUCCAGGAAGAUGGAGCAUAAAGGAAACAGC